AUGGUGAUUGUCGCAUUUGCAGUAGGCGACCCUACCAGCUAUUUGGCCUAUUCACACUCGUCUCACAUCUCCAACAUUCUCGAGUGCUUUGCCACAGUAUGCGGUAGCAGCGGCAGUGCCAAGAAUCACUGCGAAGGUUUCUUAGUGGAGAAGAUUGUGUUUGCGUUUGGACCGAUGCGUGAAAUGAUGAUGUAUGAUGUAGCAGAGUUCAACGGCAAAGCAACAGAAGAAUUACUAGAGCUGGCGCAAGCCAUACAAGCUAUACUAGGGCUCUACCGACCUAAUCUACUCGGCCGUUUUGAACGAUUCCAUCGCACCUUGAAGGAUAUGAUUAGUUUAUAUGUGGAUGGCCAACACGGCGACUGGGAUGUUUUACUACCGGCGGCACGAUAUGCAUGCAACUCCUGUGUUCACACUGCGCAUGGAUUUCAACCAAAUGGGGAAUGA